GUCUAUAUACAUUGUAAUCUCCGAGUUAUUCUUCUCGGAGAAAUAAAAUACAUUGAUUACUGAAUUUGUUUAUUUCCAUAUUAAACAGAUGAUGUGGAUUGCUGAUACACGAUCCUGCAUUUCCCAAUGGAUGUUAUAGAUGCUAUCGAUCUGUGAAAUAUAAACUAGCUUAAUAUAUGAUUCCUUAUUCAAUUAGAGACGUCAACAUUUUAACAGUUUUCGCUGUACGAGAUGUAGUUAAAGUUCAUAAUAGAUGGGUUAGUAUUGACAGUUGCAUAACGAUAGAAUGCUUCAUCGUGUAAUAUUUUGCUGUAACAACGAACUGGACAGUGCAUUGGAAGUAUAAUAUAAAGAUUGACCUUUAUCUUUUAUCGACAAAGAUAUUGUCAUGGAUGAAAGCAACAACACAGAUUCCACAGUCAAGGACACCGAUAAUUCAGAAGAUAAAGCAGCUAUAAACAAUAGAGAAAAAGAAAACAAACACCUCAAGAAUGGGUUUUCUAAAAUCGAUGAAACAGAAUUAGUUGAUGUUGUUAUAAACGAUGGAAAGGAUAUUGAAGACGAAAACGAACAAAUGUUUCAGGAUGUUAUUAUAGACGAUGAAUUCCAUGGGAAAGAAAAACAACCUGAAUCAAGACUUGGGAUUAUAAGACAGUCUGCGAAAGGUGUAAUUGAACAUAUUGCAUUCCGGAUAUUUACAGUUGUCCUGAUUCUAACCGAUAUCACUUUAGUUAUCGUGGAAGUUACUGUCUUCAGUGAAGACGAUGAAACAUCUUAUAGAAUAGAAUUAGUUUCAAGGGCAAUCAUUUCUUACUUCGUCCUGGAAAUAGGCGUUCGAAUAUUUGUCAAAGGAAAACGAUUUUUUAAGAGUGUGAUGGACGUUUUAGAUAUGAUUAUAGUGUUUGCCACAUUUAUCUUUGAUGUAGCAACUUUUGUAGUUGGUGUGUCUACGAACGACUACUCCAGACUUCCAGUAAUUGGACGAGGGUUAAGAAUUGUUAGAAUAUUCCGGUCUAUAUACAUCAUGGUCCAACAGUAUCGUCACUUUACGAAAGCUGCUAGACAAACUGUAUCCCAAAAUAAAAGGAGGUACCAGAAAGACGGAUUCGAUCUGGAUCUCUGUUACGUUACAGAAAGAGUAAUUGCUAUGUCAUUCCCGUCAUCCGGUGUAAGGAAACUAUACAGAAAUCCUAUUGAGGAUGUAGCCAGAUUUUUAGAUACAAAACAUAAAGAUCACUACAGAGUUUAUGAUUUAUGCAGUGAACGUAACUACGACCCAAAUAAAUUCCACGGAAGAGUAGAACGCUUGUUUAUAGAUGACCAUAACGUUCCAAUCCUUGAAGAUUUGAUAAAGUUUUGUAAGAAUGUACGUGAGUGGCUUUCUGAGGAUGACAAAAAUGUAAUAGCUGUCCAUUGUAAAGGUGGUAAAGGUAGAACGGGGACCAUGAUUUGUACUUGGUUGGUCGACUGUGACAUGUUCAAAGAGGCAGAGAGUAGUCUGGAUUAUUUUGGAGGUAGACGAACAGACCUUAGUGUUGGUACAACAUUCCAAGGCGUGGAAACGCCAAGUCAGAGUAGAUAUGUUGGUUAUUAUGAAAAUGUAAAGAAAGACUACGAUGGAGAAUGUCCUCCAGUAAUUAACCUGAAAAUCACAAGUAUCAAAAUAACAGGCAUAAAUGAUAUUGGAAAAGGAGAUGGGUCAGACUUAGCGAUGGAAAUAUACAAAAACAAAGAAAAGGUCCAUACGGUACAAUUUGGAAAACAAAUAAACUGUCAGAUUCGACAUAAUAAUUUGAAGAACCUGAUAGACGUUCAGAUAUUAAAUUGCCCAGACCUUUACAACGACAUCAAACUUCGAUUCACCUCAAAAUCUUCAAAAGUACCAAAGGUGUAUGAUAAUUGUGCAUUUUUCUGCUGGUUCCAUACAUCAUUCAUAGAAAAUAACAGAUUAUUAUUACCGAGAGAUGAACUCGAUAAUCCACACAAAAAGAAGGUUCAGAAGAUAUACAAAGAUGAUUUCUCAGUCGAAGUUGGAUUUGAAAAGAUAAGUUGAAGUAAAACUUUAAAAGAUGAUAACGUGUCGAUGAUCGUAUUGUCAACAUAAAUUGGAAAGAAAAGACGACAUUUAGAUUGAGAGAACAGAAUGGAAGAAAAUUUGAUAUUUUCUAUCAGGCAACUACAAACAAAGAGAUACAAUUUGUUUAUAAUCUCAGUAUAUCGAUCUGGCAGAGACAACGAGAAGGAAAAAACUUCACUAGAAGAAAGUUAACGAAAUACAAUUUUGUCUGAUUUCCUUGUAAAUACUUUUCACGUUUGACUUGAUAUGGACAAAAUCGGUUGCUCAGAAUUGUGUUAUUUGUGCUCUAUGACGUUUGUAUUUUUUUUUAACUAAUUAUGUAUGUUUUUUAUAUUGAAACAAAUUUCGAAGACGGUACAGAAGGAUUUAUUUAUUUUCAAAUGUUAUCGUUGUUGUCGUGAAAUAAAAUCUGAUAUUUUAAAAUGUA